AUAAUAUACACUAGAAACUUUCAUUGAAGAACGGAUAAAGAAAGAGAGAGCAGAUUAGUUAGAUUUUAGAAAGCGCUGUGUCGAGUGUGAUGUUAUUUGGAUGAGCGGUUCAAACUGCAAGCAGCAAUACCGGAGGCCAAGCAACAGCCACGUUUUGAACGGACACUGCACUAGUUAUUUACAGUCUAUGUUCCUUCUGGUCAUGCAGCUGGUGAUCCGCCGGUACCGUCCCUCAGACAAGGACACAGUGCUCGCCCUGUUCAGCAUCGGCAUCCGGGAGCACAUCCGUCCAUGUUUUCACAACGCCAUGACCAGCCCUCUCUACCUCGCCAUCACCCUGACUCUGUGUGUCACUGGCUACCAGCUCGGCUCCGUGUUGGGGGCUGUGGUGUUACCGGGAGCCUGGGUGGGCCUUGUCUUCUACUGCUGUCAUGAGCUAUAUGCCAGCUAUGUCAGGGAGAAACUCCGCACAGAAAUGCAGGACAUCCCUGGGAACUAUCUGAGCAGACCGGAUGACUGUUUCUGGGUGGCAGAGGCUGAGGUUGAUGGGAGGGCCCAGAUCAUGGGUAUGGUGGCUGUAGUGGCCAAACAAAGUGGGAAAGAAAGACAUGGGGAACUGUUCAGGAUGAUCAUCUCACCAUCGUGCAGACGGAUAGGCCUGGGCUUCAGGAUGGCUCAGACUGUGAUUGACUUCUGUAAGGAACGAGGCUUCUCCAGGGUGGUGCUGGAGACCACCUCCAUGCAGACCGCUGCUGUGGCCCUGUACGAAAAACUGGGGUUCAGCCACGUCCUUUACCACACCAAAACACAGGCUCCUGUUUGGUUUGUAAAGCUGGCCAAGGUGACGGUUUUACAGUUGGAAAAAUAUUUGUAGACCUGAAGUAAUCCUGAUCAGCUACUGUUAUGUUGCUGUUAUGUUCAUCUGUAUCAGUGAUUUACGCUGUCGCAUCGAUAAUACUUUACUAAAACCAUUAUCUGUAAGCUUUGUCUCACAAACAUGAAUGUAACCUGAAUGUUGGUUUCACAAUAAGUUUACUGGACCAACAUCAAUCACUGAUUGUUUAUUGUAGUACUGUUACUAAUACUGUAGUGGGGAAAAAAAACUACUAGUUUCAAAUACUGUGAUUUGAUUUCACUGUUUUCACACAAAAACAUGCAAGAA